CCUUCCUCAUCAUGGCGUGGAGGGAGAUACUCAGGCUGCCUGCUCUCAUUGCCACUGUGUGUGGGCGCCGCUCUGAGAUGCACCGUGGCCCUGUGACCCCCACGCCGACCCUGACUGGCCCUUCCUCUCUGCAGGCCUCCGGGACUGCUCAUGCUGCCCUGGGCCAGCAGGCUUUCACCGUGAACAUGAGGAAGCCACUAUGUUCCCACUCCCUGGUUGGCGUCUGCACACUCAUCUCUUUGACUUCGGCUGUCAUUCUGGGUCAUCUCAUGCUCCGUGACUUAAUGCUGUUUCCCCAAGACCCUCAACAGUCCUCUCCAGAACUGCAGAAGACCUGGUUUAGACCUCACCACCAGGAAGGUUCCCGACCAGGGCCGCCCCAGCGCAUGCAGGAGCACGCUGACCAGCCUGCAGUGGUGCCCACGAAGUGUGAUGUACCCCCCAACAGCCGCUUUGACUGCGCCCCAGACAAGGGCAUCUCCCAGGAACAGUGUGAGGCCCGCGGCUGCUGCUACGUCCCAGCAGGGCAGGCGCUGAUGGGACAACCCUGGUGUUUCUUCCCUCCCAACUACCCAAGCUACCGGCUGGAGAACUUGAGCUCCACGGAGAUGGGUUACACAGCCACCCUGACCCGUACCAGCCCGACCUUCUUCCCGAAAGAUGUGCUGAGCUUGCAGCUAGAUGUGCUGAUGGAGACCGAGAGCCGUCUCCACAUUGUGAUCAAAGAUCCUGCUAAUCAGCGCUACGAGGUGCCGGUGGAGACCCCGCAUGUCCUGAGCCGGGCACCAUCUCCGCUCUAUAGUGUGGAAUUCUCAGGGGAUCCCUUUGGAGUGAUUGUCCGCAGGAAGCUGGAUGACCGGGUGCUGCUGAACACUACCGUGGCCCCGUUGUUCUUUGCUGACCAGUUCCUGCAGCUGUCCACGUCCCUGCCCUCCCAGCACAUCACGGGCCUCGCCGAGCACCUCAGCCCGCUCAUGCUCAGCACCGAGUGGACUCGGGUCACCCUCUGGAACCGGGACGUGUCACCCUUGCCAGGUGCCAACCUCUAUGGGUCACACCCUUUCUACCUGGCACUGGAGGACGGUGGCUUGGCUCAUGGUGUCUUCCUGCUGAACAGCAACGCCAUGGAUGUUGUCCUGCAGCCCAGCCCAGCCCUGACCUGGAGGUCGACAGGUGGGAUCUUGGAUGUGUACGUGUUCCUAGGCCCAGAGCCCAAAAGCGUCGUGCAGCAGUACCUGGAAGUUGUGGGACGCCCGUUCAUGCCGCCGUACUGGGGCCUGGGUUUUCAUCUCUGCCGCUGGGGCUACUCCUCCACUGCCAUCGUCCGCCAGGUGGUGGAGAACAUGACCAGAGCACACUUCCCCCUGGAUGUACAGUGGAAUGACCUGGACUACAUGGACGCCCGCAGGGACUUCACCUUCAACCAGGACGGCUUUGCGGACUUCCCAGACAUGGUGCGAGAGCUCCACCAGGGUGGCCGGCGCUACGUAAUGAUAGUGGACCCUGCCAUCAGCAGUGCGGGCCCCGCUGGGAGUUACAGGCCCUACGACGAGGGUCUUCGGAGGGGCGUGUUCAUCACCAAUGAGACUGGGCAGCCACUGAUCGGGAAGGUGUGGCCUGGAUCUACUGCCUUCCCCGAUUUCACCAACCCUGAGACCCUUGACUGGUGGAAGGACAUGGUCUCCGAGUUCCACGCACAGGUGCCCUUCGACGGAAUGUGGAUUGACAUGAACGAACCGUCUAACUUCAUUAGAGGCUCUCAGUGGGGUUGCCCUGACAACGAACUGGAGAACCCACCCUAUGUGCCCGGGGUAGUCGGCGGGGCCUUGCAGGCAGCUACCAUCUGUUCCUCCAGCCGCCAGUUCCUCUCCACACACUACAACCUCCACAACCUGUACGGCCUGACCGAAGCCAUCGCCUCCAACAGGGCCCUGGUGAAGACUCGGGGAGCACGACCCUUUGUGAUCUCCCGCUCAACCUUCGCGGGCCAUGGCCGAUACGCUGGCCACUGGACCGGGGAUGUGUGGAGCUCCUGGGAGCAUCUGUCUUACUCCGUGUCAGAGAUCCUGCAGUUUAACCUGGUAGGCGUGCCCCUGGUGGGGGCGGACAUCUGCGGCUUCCUGGGAAACACGUCCGAGGAGCUGUGUAUACGCUGGACCCAGUUGGGGGCCUUCUACCCCUUUAUGCGGAAUCACAAUGACCUCAGAAGCAUGCCUCAGGAGCCAUACAGGUUCAGCCAGACAGCGCAGCAGGCCAUGAGGAAGGCCUUCACUUUGCGCUAUGCCCUUCUGCCCUACCUGUACACCCUCUUCCAUGGAGCCCACGUCAGAGGGGACACAGUGGCCCGGCCCCUCUUCCUGGAGUUCCCCGAGGAUCCCAGCACCUGGUCCGUGGACCGCCAGCUCUUGUGGGGGUCGGCCCUGCUCAUCACACCUGUGCUCGAGCCUGGGAAAACUGAAGUGUCUGGCUACUUUCCCGAGGGCACAUGGUACAACCUGCAGACGGUGCCAGUGGAGGGUCUUGGCAGCCUCCCAUCGCCUCCGUCAUCUCCGCCAUCAGCCCUCAGGUCUGCUGUCCACAGCAAAGGGGAGUGGUUGACACUGGAAACCCCCCUGGAUACCAUCAAUGUGCACCUGAGGGCAGGAUACAUCAUCCCACUGCAGGGUCCCAGCCUCACAACCACGGAAUCCCGAAAGCAGCCCAUGGCCCUGGCUGUGGCCCUAACAGCAAGCGGCGAGGCCAGUGGGGAGCUGUUCUGGGAUGAUGGGGAGAGUCUUGAUGUUCUGAAACAUGGGGCCUACACACUGGUCACCUUCUCUGCCAAGAACAGCACCAUUGUGAACGAGUUAGUGCACCUGGCCCGGGAGGGGGCUGACCUGCAGCUGAGGGAGGUGACUGUCUUGGGAGUAGCCACAGCCCCUACACAUGUCCUUUCCAACGGCAUCCCUGUGUCCAACUUCACCUACAGCCCUGACAGCAAGACCCUGGCCAUCCCUGUCUCGCUGCUCGUGGGAGAACAGUUUCAGAUCGACUGGUCCUAACAGAGCACGCCCGCG